AUGUUUCGAGAUCGUACAAAUUUGUUUUUAUCAUAUCGUCGAACAAUAACUAGAGAUGUAAUACCCAAAACACAAACUAAAUUUUCGGAUUUGAUUGAUGAAGAAGAGAACGAAGGGUUAAUAAUAUCAAACAGGAAGAACAAUAAUAAUUUAUCAGAGACUUCAAAUGGAAUAGAGUUGAAGCCAUAUAUACCCACAAUUUUCGACAUAAGUAACUCAUUACACAAUCUUCUUAAUUUAAUUUCCAGUGAUAUUUCAGAUUUGAAUUCCAUAUAUAAACAAUUCAUAAUUGUAAAUAAUUCAAAUGAUAAAAAAAAUUAUGAACGUAAAAUUGAAGAUUUAAAUUAUAAAAUUUUGAAAAAUUUUGAGAAUUGUUAUGUAAAUAUCAAGAAAUUUGAAUAUUUGAAUCAAAAUCAUGAGAAAUUGAAAUUGAACUACACUGUUAAAGAUGUCGAAAUAUUGCUCAAUUUUAAAAAAAAAUAUGCUAAUAAAAUACAAGAGAAUUUAUUGGUUUUUCGUAAUUUGCAAAAUUCAUAUAUGAAGUUUCUCAAAAAUGACGAAGAUGACGAAGAAUUAAAUCAAUUAAUAGAACUGAAGAUGAAAAAUACGGAGACUGGAGGUGGAAUUGCAGAUGAUGACGUAGAGGGAUUCUCAAAACAAUUAUUGACUCAACAGACAAUCACUCAAGAUGAUGUAUAUUUACAACAACGAGAGAAGGAGAUAAAUCAAUUGGCCAUGGGUAUACUUGAAAUUAGUACAAUAUUCAAAGAAAUGGAGACUAUGGUUAUUGACCAGGGCACUUUACUUGACAGAGUAGAUUACAAUUUACAAAACACAGUCGUUGAUUUGAAAUCUUCAGAUAAGGAAUUAAUCAAAGCUCAAAAUUAUCAAAAAAGAACUCAAAAAUGUAAAAUUAUAUUCUUUUUGAGUUUAUGUGUUUUUGCAUUAUUGAUGCUAUUCAUGUUAAGACCAUCCUCAAAGACUAAGAUUAUUGAAAAACCAAGUAACGAUAAACCAAAUAAUGAUAUACCUGCUACUGAAGAAGAAGCAAUUAAUGAUAAACCAUUAAAUAUAGACCCAGAUGUCAUACACAUAUAA